GUCGGGGGUCGAUGGCUCGACGAGCGCUACUUGUUCGACUCGCUGCAGUGUCUUGUCUCAUUUCAGAAGCUUCCUGCCUUGAGUUGGCCGCUACUCAAUGUCCAAGGAACGUCGACUGCUGUUCCAGAUUGAAGUCAUCCUCUCAUCCCAGCUUGAUGAGGCUUCGAGGAGGAGGUUCUUUGCCGCAAACUAAGAUAAUGCUAUUGACAGCCCUUGGUGGAGCAAUCGGCGCAAGUGCAAGAACGUUCUUGCAGCUUUAUUUGACGAACAUUCAUAAGAAUGGUCUAUUACUCCGUAUUUCGGUUCAUGCAUGGGGAGCGUUCUUGGUUGGUCUACUCACGCAUCCAGGAUUCCCAAAAGAAAUAGUCGCCGUGUAUGAAGCAGCUCUUCGCACAAUAUCUGCGAUUGUCACUGUAGAUGUCUACAAUUGCCUGAUAGCUGGAAAUGGGGACAUGGCCGCUCUGUAUCUUAGCGUAUGCAUCUCAUGUAAUCUGAUCAUGAAUCACUGCGGCAGGAAACUUGGUUCUCACUUGCGCAACUUGCUUUCCACUGAUACAAUAGGGCUUAUCCGAUGAUCAAGGUUUGAAGCCAGAAUCUCCUUGUGCCAUGACGUCAUAUCAUGAAUAUGAUAUCAUUGAAGGAUUGUAAUUUA